CGCAAUGUACGCGGGGAUUGUUCUGGAUUAUCCAGGCAUAUCGCAUUCGAAGUUCUCGGUCCAAAAAGUCCGUAUGACAAUGGAAGAGAAAAGUGUCUGCAGUUAUGCCAUAAGUGUGUAUGUGUAUCUCUAGAACCACCACCACAACCACCUCUAAUCUUUGCACAUCCAGGACAGAUAUAAAUCCAGCACAUAAUGUCUUUUGCACCAGUAUACAACCUGUAUUCUCAACACGUACCUCAAAUUUGAGUUUUGGAAACGUUUUGAUUGAUAACAAAUAUGGUGCAAGUGAAAUUGUUUCUGUUGAUUUUCUUCAUGGGUGGAUACUGUGCCAAAUCUAUAUCGAAUUCUGAACCAUCAAAUAUACAUAACGCAAUCAGCGAGGAGGAACGCCGCGGCGCACCGGAAAACGUCGAAAACAAUAAAAACGAAGGUGGAAAAAUUACCCGUGGCUUGCAUUCGACAAGCGCAACGCACAAGCAUCCUCAAUAUUAUUAUCCUUCAGGAUACGAUUCGCAUGGUUCGACGGGGAGCGGAUUCAGCAGCGGUGCGACCCAUGGAUACAGCUCAGGGACUACAGGAUAUACGGGAUACGGUGGUAACAGAGAUCAGGGCUACAGUGGAUACGACAAAGGCGGUUUUGGAAGUUACAUAAGCGCCGGAGGGAAUAUCGGAAUCUCUGGAAACCAUGGGAUUUCUGGCGGAGGUCACGGCAGUUCUGUUGGAAGUCACGGAAUCGGCCACGGGGUCACGGGUCACGGACAAAGUUACGGAGGCUUCGGACUUGGCCAUCAAGGAGGAUUCAAUGGAGCGCUCGCUCUGAAAGGCUUACUAAUUCCUCUGGCUGGGAUCGCAUUGCUUGGAGCUGCCGCUGCGUUGACCACGAACCCGGUGCUUCUGCAGUUGGGAGUCGUGAAUGGUAAACGACGAAGAAGAUCGAUAGACACUUCACUCAACCACCAACAGUUCUACCCGGCCAAUCCCUUCGUAAAACCACUGAAUAAUUAAACCGCAAAACCAGA